GCUCACGUACAACACUCCACAGUCCAGUGAGACGCACUACGCCACCUACGCCUCUCCAGUAUUCCUCCACAUUCACCGCACCCACUCCACAUCACCUACUUCGACUACUACUACUACUACACCCACACAAGCAACUUCCAUCUUUACUGGCACCGAAGAAAGUGUCAAGCAAAGAAUUUUCGCUACUAGGAGAAGUUCAUCAACUCCCACAUCUGCCACUAGCAGAAGAAACUUUGGGAACAAGGAGAGAGUAUUUGUGUGUGUGUGUGCGCGAGCCAGGGUUUUCCACCAGACGCGACCGACACAAUGCCACGAGGAGAAAUGAGGGUCCCAAAUCGCAAGACGGAGGAGCCGUAUAUCGGGGACUGGUGGGAGGUGGUGUACGGGAUGGGGAUGCCUUUCCUCUACAUCUCCGGCCUCAUCUGUGGUACCAUCGGCUGCAUCUGUAUGGGUAUCAUCACCCACUACUGGUCCAACCUAAGUCCUGCCAUGUGCUUCCUAUACUCCUCGACGGCUUCCAGCUCGGUGGUGUACCAGUUCGGGGGUCCCCUGGCCGCCUGCAACUGGGUGACAUACGGAGCUGUGACCGGCUUGGUACUAGCGACCCUCACUGGUAUUGUCUAUGUGAUUAAGGUACGAGGAGAGGAGGAUCUGGACGCCUUCAUAUACAUGGUGGUGGUGGGGAUCGUCCUGAGCGCUCUGUUCCUAUUGGCAUCAUCCUGCACCCUGUCUGAGGGCUUUAGGCUCACCUGCUCCGCUAUGGGCCUCAACUCCGCCAACAAUAGAGGCGUCACCUGUUUUGAUAAGCUCGACGUAAGGGUGUCUCAGUACAACCUGCCCAUCCCAACCUCCACCAUGGUGCGUUCCUCUUUGUACUCUCUAUGGGCCUCCACCUUCAUCUUCUUCGCCGUCACCUGCUUCCACCUGACUGACCUACACCGACGUACCCUGCGCCAUUAAAGACCACAUCCGCACCUGUCCCUAGAGAUAUUGUUCUCAGUUAAGACUUAAUUAUCAUGUUUUUCUGACUCUUUCUCUCUCUCUCUUUCUCUCUCUGUGUGUUUCCUCUUCAUCUGUCUAGCUCUAUAUCUCUCUCUGUAUCUCGCUCUCUAUCCCAGUUUCUUCCUUAUAUUUCAAAACUGAUCUCUACAAAGCAUAGUUUUGAUUAGGUUCGUGUCAGUGUGUCCGUUAGGUGUGCAGGUAGUAAGAUUACAUUCCAUGUUCACUGUAAGGAAACACCAGGCUCAAGUAGAAUUGCAGCUCUUGUUGUUACGAUCAAUGUGUCGGACUGACCAGGAGCAGUGUUACCCUGACCAUGUUCAGUCGUGUGUGUGUGUGAUCCUUAUAUUCAGUAUCCCUAAAUUUAGCAAGUAUGAUUUCGUAUAGAUUUAUUUUUUCGUACCUAAUACCAUUUGUAGCUGUAUUUCUUUGUAAUUUUUAUUUAUUUUUUUAAUGACUUUACGUCCAGUAUAAAGGUUGUUUUUACUUUACUUCUAUCCUCUUCGCCACUGAUCGGUCGUGUUUGUGUUACGCACUGUUGGCAAGUACUGGGUAUGUACUGGUUCCUGAAUAUACAGUAUCUAUACUGCGCCAGUGUUGGUCAAGUUUGGCCUGAAACAGCUCACGCUCAGUGUUGUCGCAACACUCUCUGGUAGAUUGUUCCAAGAGUACUAUACUGUCUCCCGAUUUCAACAUUCUGACAUUUAGAACUUGUAUGUUAUGGGGGGAAAACCGUCUGUUUUGUAAUUAAUAUGUGAGAAAUAUUUGUCGUUUCUUUGGUUUGCCAUUCCGUUAUGUUCAUCCCUCACUGCUGAACCCAUCCGCGGUCAAGGUUUGUGCUUACGAGUCUUGUUUAGUGUGUGUGUGUGUGUGUGUGUGUGUGUGUGUGUGUGUGUGUGUGUGUGUGUGUGUGUGUGUGAGACCUACUGUAAAUUCACUCAUGUUUUAUCCCUGUAAAAUUGUGAGGGUAUUUUAAAUGUAAUUAAUUUUGUUACUUUCAUUUUUUAAUUUCACCAGCUAUGUAUUACAAUGUUAGUCUUAUGGUAAUUACCACUGUAUUUUAAGCUUAAUGUGAAAGUGUAUAUCCAUUACAGAAGUUAAGUGGGACGACGCGGAUAUUGUGGUCAUGUUGCUGAAUUUAUCUCCAAUAUCUGUAUAAUUUAGAAGUACAAGUUCUCUUUAAUAAAAUAGACUUAAGACA